AUGGAGGUGCUGAUCCUGAAGAAGGAAAUCCAAGAGGAAGCUGACUACGUUAAUGAACCAGUACGUCCUGUGUAUAAAGUGGCAGCCCCUCCAGACCAGAGGUUCCUCUUCUUCUCUCAGACUCUUCCACCGAUAGCCGUGUGUUGGCUGAUACUGGUGCUCAUCCUGGGCCUUCGUAUCCACUUCACGAAUGUCCUUUCUGUCAACGAGGCCAAGCUGACGGCAGAAAUCCAGCAGCUGAAGACGCUGACGCGACGCCUGAACGCAUCGGAAGACGUUUCCACUCCGCCGGCCGCCAUUCGGAACCGGACAGACCGGUCUGCAGGAGACCAGGAGCCGGAGACCAACGUCAGUCGAGCUCAGUGGAGCGUCGACGCCUACUGCCCCGGAUCGAACGGAAGACGAUGUCAACCCUGUCAGCGAGGCUGGCACUUCUUCCAGUCCGGCUGCUACGCGAUGCUUUACCCUGAUCCUCCCGGUUGGAAGACCUGGGAAGAAGCUCGAGAGGACUGCAGAGGAAAGAAUUCAGAUUUGGUUUCUAUGGAUAACGCUGCAGAAAAAGAGCUUCAUCGGUCACUCCAGCAGUUCCGGGACCAAGGGACACUGGAUCGGCCUGAGGGUCGAAGACGGGAGAUGGAAGUGGGUCGACGGAAGUGAUCUGAACCAAACGUGAGUCUCGCACGUUCUGAAUUAGUUUUCCCGCGCCGGCCUUCGGCCUCAGCGUCGCGUUGUCCCCUCAGCUCCUGGAUCGUCGCUCCCGCCGACGGCCACUGCGCCGCUUCCGUCACGGCUGCCCGAUGGAGGUCCGUGAGCUGCGGCGACCGAAACCGAUGGAGCUGCAAAAAGAAAGCUUUGUUUGUUUGAUCGCUGCAAUCGGCGAGAUAUUAUCAACUGGCGUCCCAAUAUUAAACACUUUUUCUAUGAUUUCAAAGCGUUUUGUGUCUUUGAAAAAGCAGAUUAUAGUCAAUUCUGAGGAACUGAGAACGAUGUCGGAAUUAUGGCAAAAGGUC